GCCAGAAAUCCACAGCUGCGCCGCCUGGAUUUACCUGUAGGCAGACUUUCCUCACUUUUAUUUGGUUUUCCGGGGAACGGGCGCUAUUUUCCGGAUAUCAUGGAUACUCUAAAGGGCAUGCUAAAGGCGUACGAGGCUUGGGUAGCCAAAAACCCGGACGUGGUGGGGGACUUCGAGACCACCGCCAAGUGGGUGUCCUACUUUAUAGCAGGUCGCAUAUCCUCAUCGAAUGUCCUCAGCGAGCUGGUGUACACGCUGUCCAACAUGCUGGUCUUCUACAACGAUCGGAUCAUCGAGCGGGCACGUAAUGCCCAGGAGAACUCGGUGAUCCAGCUGCAAUCGAAACUUUGCUACCGUCUAAAGGUCACGCUGACGACACUCGAGUACAGCGAGGUUUUCAUCGAGAUAUCAGCCCGCCGGCUUUUCGGUCAAUCCGGCAAGUGGCUGGUGAUAGCGCUAAUACAAGCCUUCAAGGCGGCCGGUCGAUUCUUUAUCUUGAAGCACUCCACCUCGGAUAUAAUCACCUCGCCGCCCAUUGCCUCCCUGAACCGCAGAGCUCUGGGCAAGCAGCGGAAAUCGUCGUCGGCGGAUGUGGUGGCCUCCUCCUCUGCGAACGAUGUGCUGCAGUCCCAACACUCGAUUACCUUCCAACUGAAGCGUUCCGGCCGUGUGAUUCGCAAAGUUGAGGGUGCUCCUCCGCUGCAGUAUCGCGACUUCAAGCUCCACAUAGACAACAAUGAGGCGGCAAAGACGCAGAUACCAAGGAAACUGCUUCAAGCCGAGUACCUGUAUAUUUCAAAGCCCCUCAUCCACCUGGCCGCCAUGGGAUUGUUUGGCCAGAGGAGCUGGAAGCAGUACAUGGUGGCCCUAUCCAUCGAUCUGUACAGCAUACACCUGUACCGACAGCACCGCGACCUCAUGUCCAAGCAGCAGAAGCUGGAGUUGAGCAGGCGUUGCAUCAACAUCCUGUACUUCCUGGUCCGAUCGCCGUUCUACGACAGCUUCACUAAAUCUCGACUGGAGCGCGUCCUGGACUUUGUGGCCACCAGUGUGCCCAUUGCAAAGGUGGUGGCCGGACCCCUGAAAGACUACAUUCCCACGUGGCAAAGCACUUACUUCUAUCUGUGGUCCACUUAGCCAGUCCCCAGAUAGAGCUGAAGUAUUUACCCUAGGCUAAGUUGUAAAGUUACAGGUGUGGAAGGAUUGGGAGUGUGCAGAGGGGGUUCCGAUUUUUGCGGAGCGGAGAGUAAUUCCUUGUGUAACUAAAGUAUAAACGAGAUUACUUGACACAAAAUUGAAAAAAUUUCCAAAAUAAAAUAUUACUUUUUCUCUUAAAAACACGUUCAAUUUUUGGGAAAAUGUAAAUUCUAAAGCUCUUUAAAACACAAUAUUUCUUUCCGCUCCCAAGAAUUUCGAGUUGUUACACAUUCCUUAAGUUGACCCAUCCAAUUUGUGGGACUGCCUCUAUUUAAAUGAAAAAUUCCGUUCCAUCACAUUUGUUUUGUAUGGCUUUUUAAAUUAUAUAUGGAACAAUAUUUUUACACAUACAAUUAAACGAAAUUUUUGUCUUA